AGGCUUAUUAUUGGUCAAAUCAGCAGGUUCGAGGCUGAAGGAUCAACUGUGCCGCACUUGCGCAUAUUCAGCUACGAUGGUCAAUAUUCACCGCGGCUCUGGCCACACUCAAAUGGUCUCAUUGCAGAAUUUCCGAAAUGAAACUACUAGGGCCUAUGAGCAAGCGUCAGGCUUCAGUCCAUAGCCCAGCGAUCUUGGCAGAUAGGGUUGGAAUCGGAUCCUUCGUGGAGGCCAUGCUUGCUAGUAAAUGCCAGGCCUGACCUUGAACUCUGUUUCAUUCCUCUCUUGCAACUGUGAAUCCUUCCCUUCCGCCAUUGCAAGAUGAUUUUUCCCGAGGCCGUGCUUUUCUUCAUUGAUCGACCAACUUAUUUCUUGUAAUGCGCCAAAUUUGGUGAAGUGGCCAUACCGUAUCUGUCUGCGAAUACUCGGAUGAUCAUGGCCAUGGGCCUGAUAUCGAUCACUAUGGGUACUCAGCGUCAGGGUAUCCCGGGCUUAUUGUGCUUGUACGCGGCUCUAAUAACGGCUGUUCAGGGCGCCGUCAAGGGACAAUGGUCAAACAGAACUUUGGGUCCAGAUGGGCCUUGGAACGCUUUGGAGGUAACGAUGGGAUACGACCAACCAGUAACCAUUUACGGCGGAAAGUUCUGGGAGUCAUUCUUGCUCGGCAGUAGCUAUUGUACUGCAACCACCACCGGGAACGAUCGAUGUUAUGCAGCGGAGAAGGGUGCCAUAUACUACGAACAACGAGGGACUGGUAGCAACAUGGGCAUCUCGUUUGCACCGCCCGACUUUUGGUCCGACAACGUGCAAGUCAAGGGCGGUGGAACAUCCCGAUGGGCAGACGACCUAUACAUUGGAGCAGACACUUCACUAUGGGGGCUCGGGCCCAUCCCGAAUAUAUCUAUUGCCCUCAUAAACGACGAACAGCUCGUAUAUCCAAAUGGCAAUUCUUAUCCCCUGUUUGCCGGAUGUCUAGCAUUCGGAUCGGCACCCAACGCAGUCAAUCAAACAUUCCAAGUAAGGGCAGGUACACUCGCAGGUGCUAAAAACAGCAGUCUCCUCUCUGGGUACCUGUCUAGUCACGGGAAGAUCGAAUCCAACUCCUUUGGAAUGCAUAUAGGUACCGGAGCGUCCCCUUCUGUCUCUGGAUCGUUGUGGUUUGGUGGCUACGAUCAGAACAGGGUUCUGAACGAUGUAUUGGCUGUACCUAUCGAGCCCGAGUACAUGAGUUACUCGAUAGAGCUAUCAGAUAUCUCUAUCGCGACGCUCGCCGGCGACUCGCCUUUCUCGUUCACUUCAAAAUCUGGGCUAUUGGCAUCGGGAAAUACUACUAUUGGAAGCUCACUUAAAAUGGGAGUUGAGCCAUGCAAUCCAUACCUUAAUCUUCCGAAAAGCAGUUGCGACGCAAUCGCUGCCAAUCUACCAGUCACAUAUAAUACGGGGCUUGGGCUGUAUUUUUGGAAUACCGACUCAGUAGACUACAAGCGAAUCGUGUCGUCAGCUGCAGCUCUGACCUUAUCGUUUCGUGACCCCGACAACAACGCGCGAAAUGUUAACAUUUCGGUCCCCUUUCGACAUCUAAAUCUGACACUCGAAGAGCCUUUAGUGGAUACUCCUACACCUUACUUUCCAUGCAAUGGCGCUUCGCCAGGCUAUUCGCUUGGACGUGCGUUUCUCCAGGACGCAUUUUUUGGUACAAACUUCGAAGAUGCUGUCAUGUUUCUUGCACAGGCGCCUGGACCCAACGUCAAGGCUGAGAACGUUGUGACGAUUGACGGAAAUGGUACCGUCACAGCGAGUCAUAACGAUCUCAUUAAGAGCUGGGAGGGCUUCUGGUCUUUGACUGGGGAGACUACCGCCAACUUGACGACGACUUCCACCGGAGGCACAACAAACGAGACCAGUAGCUCGGACACGUCAGACACGAGUACAACUACAACCUCCAAAACGCCUUUGAUGGCAGGCGUGGUGGGUGGCGUUGGCGGCGCCAUCGUGCUCGCAGCCGUGGCCCUUGUCUUCUUCUGGCGACGCAAGAAGCGAAGCCAGGCCACAGAACUAUCUGCACAAAACGAUCAGACACCGGCGGGCUACUACGAGCCAAAGUACCCAGAACCGUCGCCCUCAGAGCUGACUGGGCAACCGACGCCGCCCGAGUUAGGUGGGUAUUCGAGGGCGGAGCUACCUGCUGGCACGCCGCAGUACGAACACCAGUAUUCAAUGCCCAGCCAAUUUGGUUCUUCACAUGAAAUGCCGGCAGAUAACCCUGCCCCGGAAAGGGCGCAAGGAUACUACAGCGAUGGUUCACACGGCGAUCUGCAGGGCAUGGAUAGUAGCAUAGGACCGACACACUAUAACACUAACACGAAUACGACAUAUGUGUCGAUGGUGGCAACGCAUGAUGCAGACCUCGGUGCUCACGGGCACGGGCACGGUCAUGCUUACGGGUAUUACGAUGGUAAUGGUCACGGAUAUUAGAAUCUUCACCACAUCUGUAUAGUACCAUUUCUCUUGUUGUUUCACCUUUUUACUUAGCGAAGGCGCAGGGAAGCCAUGACUUGGUUGUAUUGAGUAAGCCGAGAACGAACAUGUUAAAACCAGUCUCAAUUUGACCCCCAACCUUGAACAAUCUGCAACGGUCUGUAAUCGAUUAUAUGACGACUGGCUCCAGUAGGC